AUGACAAUGAAAACUUAUAAAAUCCUAGUUGUCGAUGAUGAAGUAGAUAUCGUUGAUUUUAUUGAUGGUUAUCUGACAGGAGAGGGAUAUGAGGUUAUCAAAGCUUACGAUGGGGUUGAAGCACUUGAUAAGAUGCGACAAGACCUACCCGAUCUCGUCGUCCUUGAUGUUAUGUUGCCGGGAUUGGAUGGCUUUGAAGUCUGUAAGCAAAUGCGGACAGAAUCCACUGUUCCAAUUUUGAUGGUUACAGCGAAAGAUACCGAUGUGGAUAAAAUCGUCGGAUUGGAAAUUGGCGCGGAUGAUUAUAUGCCAAAGCCAUUCAAUCCACGUGAAUUGGUAGCACGGAUUAAAGCAAUCUUGCGAAGAACCUACCGCCAAGAUUAUCAAUCCCAUAGCCAGACGGUAACGCUGAAACAUAAAGAUUUGUCUAUUGAUGCUGAACGCCGGAUGGCAACUAUUGGGCAUAGGCAAUUAGAACUCACCAUGAAGGAGUUCGAUCUUCUACUAUUUUUGAUGCGAAACCCAGGGCAUGUCUAUUCGCGCGAUCACUUACUCGAUUAUGUGUGGGGGCAGGAUAGCUUCGUGGGAGCGCGUACUGUUGAUGUACACAUCCGGCGACUGCGGGAACAAAUCGAGACAGAUGCGAGCCAGCCUCAAUAUAUUAAAACUGUCUGGGGAGUUGGCUACAAAUUUACCGAUGAGUAA